AUGAAAGAUCAAACGCUGCUGGAGCGUUCAAACAUAUGGGUUCUCUCACGGUCCCGCUCUUAUUGGAAGUCACUCAUGCUGUGUUUACUUAGGAUUCAAAGGGGUUUCUUUUCUUCCCAGGCAAGAGGACACACAGGAGUGAGCUGACAUCUAAACUCAGUGGAGAGAUAUAUCGGAUGAACACAAUGCUUCCUCAGAGGACCCCUGUGGCCACAAUGAGCUACGGCUCAGACUGUGUGAAGAUCGAGCACAACGGUGCCGGAUCAGUGGGCGGCACGGUGCUGCGGGGCUCCCGCUCCAAAGCCGAGUUGCAAGAGCUGAUGGAAACAUUGCAGCGCAGGAAAAGCGCCCUGGAAGCUAGUUUAAGGGCGGCGGAGUGCAGUCGCAAGUAUCUCAGCGUUCCACCAGCUGCUGGACAAAUCAAACGGCCACUCUCUGUUCUCAGCAAUGCGGAUCGGCCUCCAUCCUCCUCCAGAAGCUUCUCUUAUGUAACCAGCAGUAGUGUUCCUCCGUCACCUCGCCAAGGCGAACGCCAGCGGAGCCCCAAUGGCUUGACUCGACAGUCACACACUCGGCACUUGUCGCAAGACAGCCUGCUGAGUUCAGGUGACAAAAGCUCAGUGCUCUCCUCCUACAGCGAGCCACGUUCUCCCAGAGUCAAGAGCGGAGCGGCAAGUGUGCCGUCCAGCCCUCGCAUGGCCCGGAGGCUGUACUCCCAGAGCAAAUCUGGAGAGUCAAGACAGAGGAAGUACUCCACCGGCUCUCUUACCAGCCUCGGCGCUCACAGCCGCUCUCUCCCGCGACUUCACAACACGACAGAACCCCCGAUCCUUUCGCUGCCUUCACAUCAUCCCGUGCAAAGAAGAUCUACCGGAGCACGGCGCAGUCUUUCUUCUCUUGAGCAGCCUCCAGAUGUGACGGUGCCGGCCAGCAUGCCAAGCACUCCUAGAAGGGCCAGCCUGGCCUCACUCAGCUCCCUCGGUAUAGAUGUGGACAGCCUGGAUCUGGGCUUCACAGAGCGCAGGCUGUCUUUUGGAAAAGGUGGACUCGGGCAGAGAGUUGGCAGCAUCAGCUCUUUGAAUGGCAAAGAGGAGCUGAGAGAGUAUCACCAGCAUCAAAGAGACGAAAGACUUCGCGAGCAGAGAGUUCAAAGACUGGAAUCCCAGCGCCUAGAGACCAUCAUGAACCUCUGCACUGAGGUGGAAAGAGAUCAGGGCACGUCCGUUUCGGACCUUCAGAAGAUCAACAAAGAGUUGGAGAAGCUUCAGGUGUCGGAUGAUGAGUCAGUUUUCUCCGACUCGCCCAACAGUCCAGAUGGAUGCUUCGUGACUAAAGUCAGCCCUCGUCCGCCCGGCAGCUACAGAGAUUCCAGGUCGCUGUCGCCGACAACUAGCCUCAACAGCAGCGCACCAUCGCCCUCUACCCACCACAGGAGUAAAGUUUUGGACAACGUGCAGCUGAAGCAGGAAGUCACGCACAUCGAGGAGGAGCGAAUCCAAGUUCUGAACAACAUCGAGGAGCUGGAGCAGAAGAUCAAAGACCUGGACAACCAGAUGGAGGAGUCCGUUCGUGAGAUGGAGGUCGAGUGUGCACUGCUGGAAGGAGAGCAGGAGUCUGAGAUGACCCAACUGCAAAGAGAAAAGGAGCUUCUGGAGCAACUCAAUGAGAAGAUCCAGAGCUCGGAGAAAAUAACCCUCACAGAGAAGUCGCAGGAAGCCGAGGAGCAGACGAAAAGCUUGGAGGACCUGGAGUUUCAAAAGCUGGAGCGAGAGAUAAAUCAGCAAGAGGAAGAGGAGAAUAAGAACAAGGAGCUGCUGAGAGAGAUGGCCGAGUAUCAGCGACUGGCCGUGAGCCGAAAGGAGAGGAUCGCCACGCUGAAGAAACAGUCAUCCCAGAUCGCCUUGCAGGCUCAGCAGGAAAAAGAGAAUUUCCAGAGAGAGAAAAACAAUUUGUUGGUCAUGCUUCAAAAAGAGAGAGAGAAACUGACCACUCUAGAAGUGAAGUAUGCAGAGUUGUCUGAAGGACAAACUUUCUCCAACAAUCCCAUCGCCAUCAAAGAGCACUUGCAAUCCCUGAAGGAAAGAAGGAGAAGCAGCAAAGAGAGCUCCUCCCACGCCAGCGACAGUCUACCUCUGAAGAAGAACCAACAGCUCCUCUCCCCCUACGCCAGAUCCCUGGGACGCACGCUUCCACCGAAGGCCCACCCCCCUCUGUCCCAAAGCUCCAGCUGUGGAAGCGUCAUCCCAACAGGAUUCAGCUUCUCCCCCAGAGACUUGAGUGCUCAUCGGCUGUCCAAGAGCAACAUUCAUGCCGCAGCUAUAAGCGACAGCAUGCAAGAGCGACAGAGGAAAAGCGACUACUGCAGCCGACUUCUCUCUGAGCCCAACGUCUUCCUGGACUCUUUAACGUAUCCAGACAACAGUUUCACGUCUGACACCGUCAGCGUGGACAGUUCUGACAGCCUGGAGACCAGCUUCUCCGCCUGCUCGCCUGAUAACAUCUCAAGCGCCAGCACCACCAACAUGGCAAAGAUCGAAGAGAUGGAGCGUAUGCUCCGGGAAGCUCAGGCUGAGAAGCAGCGGCUGCUGGAACAUCGGGAGCGCGAGAUGGAAAUUCGCAGGCAGGCACUGGAGGAGGAACGGAGACGGAGGGAGGAACUGGAGAAACGGCUGCAAGAGGAGACCAGCAGGAGGCAGAAGCUCGUGGAGAGAGAAGUGAAGCUGAGGGAGAAACAGAGAUCACAGUCCCGGCUGUUGACACGCUACCUGCCCGUGAGGAAGGACGACUUUGAUCUUCACGGCCACAUCGAGGCGGCGGGACACAAUCCAGACGCCUGCUUCCAUCUGGCCAUCACCGACAAAACCUGUCGGGGAUUCCUGGUUAAAAUGGGCGGCAAGAUCAAGACGUGGAAGAAGCGCUGGUUUGUGUUUGACCAGAAUCGCAGGACACUCACCUACUUCGCAGACAAGCACGAGACGAAGAUGAAAGGAGUCAUUUAUUUCCAAGCCAUCGAGGAGGUUUACUACGACCACUUAAAGAGUGCACACAAAAGCCCAAACCCCUCACUGACCUUCAGUGUGAAGACUCACGAUCGGGUCUACUACAUGGUGGCGCCCUCUCCCGAGGCCAUGCGGAUAUGGAUGGAUGUUAUUGUCACGGGCGCAGAGGGACACAUGCACUUCAUGGUAUAGCUGAUCCCAGGAGGUCAAGGUUCAACCCUCUUUUUCGACAACAAUCGCUUUGACAAUAAAGUUGUUUUCAAAGAGCUAAGUUAAUACAAAUGUGGGUUAUCUUGUUUUGUAAAUGCUCAAACCUCAGUAUUUUCAUUUGAAAAUAAUUUAUCGCUGCCAUUUUUGUCAAGUAAAAAUAUUUGUGUACAGUACACUAAUCCAAUGAAGGCCAUAUAUUAUCCUCAUUUUUUGUAUUAUUUAUGUUUAAUUUUUUUGCUGCUUGCAGUGGUACAAGUCAUCCAUCCGGGAGGAAUCAAAAUAUAAUGUGGGAAUAUAAUAUUGUCCGACACAGACGGUGCAGUAUUAGCACACGGACAACUGGAACUUUAAACAAACUUGUACUGACCUCACUGACAUCUGGGGUUGUUUAACUCUUUUGUUACCCCUCGUUUCUUGGCAAUUUACCACCAAAAAGGAAUGUAAUCUUGUUGAUGAUCUUGUACGGUUUUUAUUCAGUGCCAGGUAUAAAACUUGAUCCUGUUUACAUUUUAUAAUUAAAACUUACAUUUGUCUUUGGACUUCUACAAGCAGAAGCCGACGUAAAUCAAGCGACACAUCCUGUGUGUUACUUUGUAGCCAUGUUAACUGGACACACUUCGUUCACUAUCAUGUUUUAAUAAGCACUUUUAGCAUACAACACGCUCAUCUGACGCACUCCUUUAACUCGAGUGCUACAUUGCAUUGCUGCGGACGACACCAGCGAGGCCACGUGACCAUGAUGCAGCUGUCUGACGUCAUUUAAUGCUAUUAUGGUAGUACUCUCUGUAACCGGCAGAGGGCCUCAGUGAGAAAAAUGACGUCAUGCUCAAGCGUUUCAUUUGUUUUCAGUCGUCAUUUAAAGCAGGAAGUAGAUCAGUUGAAGACAUGUUUUUAUGUGUAAUGUUUGUAGCCAGAGGCCUUAAUUCAAACAGAUAUCAUAUAUAUUUUAAUAAUAAAAAUAUAUAUUUUUGAUGGCACACUGGUGCUGAUGUAUCUUCAUUACGCUGCC